CGGAGAGUGAGGCAGUAGCAGCGCAGCGAGUUACCAUCAUGCCCAGGGAUUACCAAGCCGAGAAAGAGAAGUGCAAGACCUUUCUGCAGGAGUUUUACAAAGAUGACGAGCUUGGAAAGAAGAACUUCAAGUAUGGAGUCCAGCUGGCUAAUAUUGCUCACAGAGAGCAGGUUGCGCUGUACAUCGAUCUGGAUGACCUGGCCGAGGAGGACCCCGAGUUAGUGGAUGCAAUCUGUGAAAACACAAGGAGGUACACAAACCUGUUUGCUGAUGCCGUUCAGGAGCUGCUGCCCCAGUAUAAAGAGCGAGAGGUGGUACAUAAAGAUGCUUUGGAUGUGUAUAUUGAGCACCGCUUAAUGAUGGAGCAGAGAGGCCGAGACCCCAGUGAGACCCGUGAUCCUCACAACCAGUACCCCCCAGAGCUUAUGCGCAGAUUCGAACUGUACUUCAAAGCUCCGAGCAGCUCAAAAGCCCGCGUGGUGCGAGAUGUCAAAGCCGAUUCCAUCGGCAAGUUGGUUACAGUUCGGGGCAUAGUCACGAGGGUCACAGAAGUCAAGCCUAUGAUGGUGGUGGCAACGUACACAUGUGACCAGUGUGGUGCCGAGACCUACCAACCGAUUCAAUCUCCAACUUUUAUGCCGCUUAUAAUGUGUCCCAGCAGGGAGUGUCAGACAAACCGCUCUGGGGGCAGGCUCUACUUGCAGACCCGGGGCUCUAAAUUUAUUAAGUUCCAAGAGCUGAAGAUUCAAGAACAUAGUGAUCAAGUUCCAGUUGGGAACAUCCCUCGCUGUAUGUCUGUGUAUGUACGUGGGGAGAACACGCGGCUCGCUCAGCCCGGGGACCAUGUCAGUAUCACUGGAGUCUUCCUGCCGAUGCUAAGAACUGGCUUCCGUCAGGUGGUACAGGGGCUCCUUUCAGAGACGUACCUCGAAUCUCACCGUUUGGUGAAAAUGAACAAGACCGAGGAUGAUGAACUCGGAACAGAAGAGCUGAGUGAAGAGGAGCUGCGACAGAUUACUGAGGAAGAUUUCUAUGAGAAGCUGGCAGCCUCCAUUGCGCCUGAGAUUUAUGGGCACGAGGAUGUGAAGAAGGCUCUACUUCUGCUCUUAGUGGGAGGAGUUGACAAUUCUCCCCGUGGCAUGAAGAUAAGAGGGAACAUUAACAUCUGCCUGAUGGGUGACCCAGGAGUUGCAAAAUCACAGCUGCUUUCUUAUAUUGAUCGUCUAGCACCUCGGAGUCAGUACACAACAGGUCGCGGCUCCUCCGGGGUGGGUCUCACCGCAGCGGUAAUGAAAGACCCAGUGACUGGCGAGAUGACACUGGAAGGCGGAGCUUUGGUACUGGCGGAUCAGGGGGUUUGCUGCAUUGAUGAGUUUGAUAAGAUGAUGGACACGGACAGAACAGCCAUUCAUGAAGUCAUGGAGCAGCAGACUAUCUCCAUAGCCAAGGCUGGCAUAAUGACCACUCUAAAUGCUCGCUGCUCUAUUCUUGCUGCUGCUAACCCUGCCUACGGGAGGUACAACCCAAAGAAGACAGUGGAGCAGAAUAUCCAGCUCCCUGCUGCCUUACUGUCCCGAUUCGACCUACUCUGGCUGAUCCAAGACAAGCCGGACAGGGACAACGAUCUCAGACUGGCGCAGCACAUUACAUACGUCCAUCAGCACAGCAAGCAGCCGCCAUCACAGUUUCAGCCUCUGGAUAUGAAACUUAUGCGACGUUACAUUACUAUGUGCAAGCGCAAGCAGCCUGCAAUCCCAGAAUCCCUUGCAGACUAUCUGACGGCUGCCUAUGUGGAAAUGAGAAAAGAAGCCCGAACCAACAAAGACAUGACUUUCACUUCUGCCCGAACCCUGCUGUCUAUUCUGAGAUUGUCUACAGCCUUGGCUCGUCUGCGUCUGGAAGAUGUCGUGGAGAAAGAGGAUGUAAACGAGGCCAUGAGGUUGACUGAAAUGUCUAAGGACUCGUUGCUUGGCGACAAGGGGCAAACGUCAAGGACGCAACGCCCGGCCGACGUGAUCUUCUCCACUAUCCGAGAGAUGGUCCCGGAGAAAGGCGCCCGCAGCGUCAAAUACUCGGAGGCGGAGCAGCGCGCCGUGUCUAAAGGCUUCACCCCCGCCCAGUUCGAGGCGGCUCUGGAGGAGUACGAGGAGCUGAACGUCUGGCUGGUUAAUCAGGCCCGCACCAAGAUCACAUUUGUGUAAUGGCGGAAGCCUGGGUGGGCGGGAUGUUACAUGUAUCUGCCCCCCUCUAUCAUCUGCAGGGCUGCAACUGUGCUCAUUUGUUUUAUUAAUGCCAAAAGAAUUGGAUGUGAGUGGUAUUGGCAGGUGUGUUUAAUAUCCGACACGGACUGGUCACCGUAAUCCCUUCUGCCUCAACGUGAACCCCGGAUCUUCCGGAUAAGGAGACUGAUUUCUCUGUAAAUAGUUAUACCAUGUGGUCUCUGAAGAACCUUCAAUAAAGAUUUUUUAGUAGAAAA